AUGACUAAGAAAGAGAUACUCAGUCAGGCCAAAGAAGAGAAUGUCCGUUUCCUGCGCCUGUGCUUCACCGACAUGCUGGGAGUGAUCAAGAACGUCGAGGUGCCGAGCAGCCAGUUCAGCAAGGCGCUCGACGGCCAGAUCAUGUUCGACGGCUCGUCGAUCGAGGGCUUUGUUCGCAUCGAAGAGUCGGACAUGCUGCUGAUUCCCGACCUCGAGACCUUCCAGGUCAACCCCUGGACCAAUCCGGAUGGUUCCAAGGUGGCGCGGAUGAUCUGCGAUGUCUACCUGCCUGAUGGCAAUCCAUUUCCGGGCUGUCCGCGCUGCGCCCUCAAGCGGCAGGUCGAACGCGCCUCGACGAUGGGCUACACCAUGCUAGCUGGUCCAGAGGCCGAGUUCUUUCUCUUCGCCAAGAACGCCGACGGUUCGACCGUGGUCGAUCAAACCCACGACUUCGGUGGUUAUUUCGACCUGACGCCGGUGGACAAGGGCGAGGAGUGCCGCCGCGACAUCGUGAUGGUGCUCGAGUCGAUGGGUUUCGAGGUCGAGGCCGCCCACCACGAGGUGGCGCCGGGGCAGCACGAGAUCGACUUCAAGUACUCCGAGGCGGUCAACUGCGCCGACAACGUGGUGACCUUUCGCUUCGUGGUCAAGAAGGUGGCCCAAGACCACGGUCUGCACGCCACUUUCAUGCCCAAGCCACUCUAUGGCGUCAACGGCUCGGGCAUGCACUGCCACCAGAGCCUGGUAGACCAGAAGGGCAAGAACACAUUUUUCGACGAAAAGGCCGAAUGGCAGCUGUCGAAGACCGCCCUGGCCUACAUUGGUGGCCUGCUCAAGCACUCGCCGGCCUUCGUUGCCGUGACCAAUCCGCUGGUCAACUCCUACAAGCGUUUGCUGCCCGGCUUCGAGGCGCCGACCAAUAUCGCUUGGUCGGAGAAAAAUCGCAGCCCAUUGGUCCGCGUGCCGGCGCGCCGUGGCGUCGGCACCCGCUGCGAGCUCCGCGUGCCCGACCCGGCCUGCAACCCCUACCUGGCACUAGCGGUCACCCUGGCCGCCGGUCUCGACGGCGUCGAGACCGGCGUCGACCCAGGGCCGCCGGUCAACAAGAACAUCUUCUCUAUGAGCGAGCGCGAGAAGAAGCGCCUCAAGAUCAGCCAGCUGCCCUCCAACCUGGCGGUCGCGCUGGAUCAUCUAGAGAAGAAUAAAGUCAUCCGCGAAGCCCUCGGCGAGCACAUUGCCGAGCACUUCAUCGCCGCUAAGCGUCAGGAGUACACCGACUUCCUAGCCCACGUGCAUCCAUGGGAGCAGGAGCGAUAUCUGCACACUUAUUGA